UUCUGGCUGAGGAUGAAGCAGCGAUUACUUCCCUGAUAUUGUGCCACCUGGCACCAAGUGUUAGCUCUGUACAUUGUGUUUCUUGGGUGCUGUGGUACUGUGUUGGUUCCAGGUGGUGAAGUCAAGCAUUCCAAUCUGACCCAGGCUCAGCUGGUUUGAAGUUCAACAUAUGGCAGCAGGAACAAACAGUCUUCGGUCGAGCUACCAAAGAGUCUACCAACCACUUUCAGGUCUUUUGGCUGCUGCUCUGCCACAGGUCUCCAAGCUGUAUAUGGAGCUACCAAUCAUCCUUGGUGCUGUGAUGGUGCUGCUAAGUACCAGUGGUUCAACUGAGUGUCAACACAUCCAGCCUGGUGUCAUCACACACUACGGGGAGAUCGGGAGUAACAUCACUCUGAGUUGCGACAUGUCAGCCAGUGGAACGGCAGACUGGAGGCUGAAUGACUCACGUAUCAUGGAGACUACAGACGUGAAACAGAUGGGAAAUAAACUCAUCAUCAUCAACGCUCAUUCAUCCAAGGAAGGGGAAUACAGUUGCCACAGCCCGGAGACAGGCAGUGCUUACAGUAGAGUCUCUCUAUUGUUGGGAUAUGCCCCAGGAAAGCCUCAGCUUAACUGCUACUCAGCAAGUUAUCCGCUGAACAUGACCUGCUCGUGGAAGCUGGAAAAGCCAACCAACCUUCCUACUGUGAUCAAAACCACUUACAGUUAUGGAACAGAACAGCAUGUUAAAACCUGCUCGAGUACAGAGUCACUGCAGGACAGUUGUACCAUCGAGGACAUCAAACUUUUUUCAAAGGUUCCCUACACGGUGAAAGUGACAGCAACAAACCCCCUGGGAUCCCGAUCCACCACUAAAGAAAUCAUUGUGGAGAAGAUAAUUAAACCAGACCCACCCGCUGACGUCAGUCUUUCUCCAAUACCCAACCAACGUAAGAAGCUGCUGCUACAAUGGAAGCCUCCUGUAACGUGGCCCAAUCCUCAGCUUUUCUUGCUGAAAUAUAUCAUAAAAUACUGGCAAGCAGGAUCCGACAGACCCAGAAUGAUUGAGAUAAGCAAUCAAACCAGCUAUACCCUGAGUGGCCUGCGAUCCAGAGCCGUGUACUUUGUAGCAGUUGCGGCAAAGGAUUUUGUCGACAAUGGCCAACCCAGUGAGUGGAGCCCGACUGUCUCUGCACGGCUGUGGUCCAAAGAGUGAUGCUGGUUCCUCUGAAUCUAAUUGUGUUCCUGGUGGUAACUUGUUUACAGUCAGGACUGCAGACUUGGAGCAUUUUUCUAAAGAAUAAUUACCAAUUCAGGCAUAGUCUACACACUUUGGAACAUCUCUUAUUUGUGAAAUAAACUUGUCAAAAUCUCUUCUUAA